UCGAAUUAAGGAUAUAAAAUGUUGAGUACAUUUUAUUUGGCGCUUUGUUGUCUUCCUCUUGUCUGUGAAGCAGGGUCAUACUGCUACGUCGAGUACUACCCAGGAUACAACUAUGUUUGUAUAUAUUCUCUGUCAACAGUUGAUAGAUUUGGAAUUGCCUAUGGAACCGUUGCUGGAAUUGGACUACUGGUAUCUCUAAUUAUCUUUGUUGCCUGUAAAAGUAGACAAAGUAGACCAAACAACUCAGCUAUUCUCCAACAUCCGAAUGCCGCUUACGUUCAGUCAGGUCAGCAAGUCCUAUUUAUCCCACAAGCGGGAAACAUUCAAACACAAGCACCACACAUUGCCGUUACCAAUCCUGUGACACCGAGAGAAAUCAGCAAUUGGCAGCACCUCAGAAUACCAUUACCAACCCUGCAUCUCCCUUGAUUAAUCAACAACGCCAGAUACCAGGGACAGAGUCAGCUGUAACGAGCACAAUGGGGGCGGAGGGAUUAACAGUUAUGUUACCCGAGGCACAGAAAGAUGAGACUGAAACAGAAGACCCACCACCAUAUAGUGUCUAGAACACUUACGUUGUUUGA